AUGGCUAUUUCAGGGUACGUUUACUCAAGAAAUCCGGAGGUAGGCCCUGGCAAGGUGGCUGUAGGUGAUGGCACUCUCCUGUACAGACCACAAACAUACGAUGGGGAAGCAGAUGUACAGAAUUUCUUUCAGAUCCUAGACAAACAUUCUCUUCAGCCCAUGAAAACCAUACCAAAACCAGAAGAAUACGUGGAGACAGGGCCAUGUACUACUGUUGCCUUCUGUAGCGAUGGUUCCAGAUUUUAUUGGAUUUGGUGCCCGGCCUUGUUAUCAGACAAAAAUGCAAAAGGAAUACCAGUCUAUUGUGAAACAUUUCAGUUUCAGAAAGAGGAUUCAGCUGUUGUAGUUUUGAAAUCAAGGAUAAGUCUUACCAAGAAAGAUGAAGCCGGGGCAAAGGCUCUCAAUGACUCCCUCAUGUCAAGGCUGCGCCCCAUGUACAGAGGCUCUGCAAGUGCCCUUGCAGCUCUGGCAGGAGCAGAAAAUGGGGUGGCCAAAAAGGAAGAUCCUGUACAACAAGCAGGCAGUACAAGCUGUGGGAUAUUGCUGAAAGUAUUGGUUAAGACGCCAUUGUUUAUAGAGGGUAGCCAUGUGGUCAUGUUGUCGUCACUGCCAGGAGGCACUGCCAGUAAUGCUGCAAGAUCCCUGUUUGGCAGUAGUGGAGGACUCUCAUCUCUUAGAUCCCUUGCAACAAACCAGUGUUUCACUUUAACAGAUGGACAGUUUGUGCAGAGACCAGAUUUAAUGGAUGCUCCGAGUUGUGCCAUAGCAAGAGGGGCUCCAAUAGCUUCCUUAGGAGUAUGUUUUGAUGUAUUGAACAAUGUGAUAUGGACAUGCAGCAAUGACUGGAUGGAUCAAUUUUAUAACCCAGGACACCAAGCGCCACAUCAUAUAAAAACCAAACUGUGUAUACAGCACAAUAUGGCUGCAAAGCAAACAGGUGACAACACUGUGAAAAUGAGUGGAGUGAUCAGACAGUUGUUGCAGCAUGUCGGCAGUAUGUGUCUACACCAGAUACACAGUGACUUGUUAUAUACACCAUUUGGGAGCUAUACUGUACAACAAUACCCUGUGGACUACACCAACCUAGAAAGAAUCUGUGAUAUACUGAACAAUUCUAUAUCAUCUGGACACACCCAAACCAUUAUUUGUGCUCUGAUAGUUUUGCAGCUGAUUUUCAAGAUGAGUGUAUUCAAGCCAGAGAAGCCUGCUGAGGAUUCAUUGGUGCAGAAAACAAGGUCACUUGUGUGGAAACUUGUUGUCUCGGAGGGCAAGGAGAAGAUGACGACGCAUGUUGAGAGCAUACAGAGGGAAGCAUGUAUGGUGGUGGCCAGCGGAAUUAUGGUCCUGUAUUCAACUACAGAGAAACGUGUAGAACUGAUGAGACACCUGUUAGAUGGAGGUGAUCAUCCAGGCCUGAUUUGUUUGAGGGACAAACUACUGGUUGAUUAUACAGAUCAGUUGAAGGGACAGAUCACAAAACUGGACCAGUUCUACAAGAUAAGUUUAUCAGAUGAUGUUACAUCUCUGUUGUUGAAGAUGACGGUGAAAGAGUCCUGCAGUCUUCUUCACAAAGCUGUCAAACUUAACCAGGAAGAGUUUGAGUGUAUGCUCGCAGAAAUCCCUGUGUCAAGUCCAUGUCUUAGAUACCUCAUGGCGCUUCAGUCUUUCCUACUGAGAGAAACAGUUUUAUUGCCGACAGACGAAAAUGAAAAUACUGAUAGCGACAAACUACAGACUCUACAGACAAUGGUACAGAAUUUUGCUGAGAAAGUUUUCACUGGUGCUUGUCAGGUCCUGGAAAUGCUGCUCAACUGCUGUAACCAAGUGAUUCAGAAAAAUACAGAUGACCUUGAAAACCGCCUCCAAGGACUAGAAAAGGUUGCUAAGGCAACCAUUUUAGGUCACAUGUUGCCUUCUCUGAUGACGGCCUUGACCCACAAAAACCUCCAGUGUCUCAACUUAGCAGAUAGCUUAAUGCCUCAGCUAGUACAGCUGGUUGUCUUGUCUAGUCAGACUGCCUUGUUGUUGAAGAGCCAGGUACAAGUCAUAUUACAGGAAGUGGAACCAGACCCAGACUCAGACGUCAUUGAUAUUAUUGGUCAGACAGUAGAAAAAGUGGAUCUGAAAGAGCAUGAGGAGCAGGGAUUUCUUGCGGGGCUGAAGAUUCCUGCACCCUGGGCAUCUGGUAAAGCCGUAGAAAGUAUCCACCCAGUUAGAGAUAAUUACAAGUUUAAGGAGACAGUACAUAUACCUGGAGCAAGAUGUUUGUACCUUAGAUUUGACACCAGAUGUGCUUCACAGUAUGAUUACGAUAAGAUGAUACUUUAUGCUGGUCCUAAUACAACAUCAAAGAAAAUAGCCGAGUACGGAGGUAACACAUACGGUUUUGGAAGUAGAAGUGUCUUAGGAUCUGGCUGGCCCAAGGAUCUUGUGAGGGUUGAAGGUGAUACAGUGACUCUGUCAUUUGAGAUGAGAAGUGGUCGGGAACACAACACACCUGACAAAGCAAUGUGGGGAUUUCUUGUCACUGUCAGAGCACAGGAAACACCUGAGGAAGUGUCCAAUGGCCUGCCAUUUUUGGCAGAUCUAGGCCUAGGCUUGUCAGUACUAGCAUGCACAAUGCUACAUCUGUUGUAUCAAGGACCAGAGAAAACAAAAGAGGAGGAGUCAUGCCAACAUCUUCUUAAAUCAAAAUUGUUACAGAGGUGUGUUUGGCAGUCAGAGUCAUUCACCCCGAGUCCAGCAUCCCCUAAACUACCGCCCAAAUCUCAGCAGUCAGUAGACCCGAGCGUGUCACCAAGGAGCCCAAAAAUACCAAGGAUAAAACUCCCAGCGGAGAUCAUGAAGAAUUUGUUGAGUUUGUCUCCGAGACAUCCACCGCACCUCAGACCUAGCAUGAAGGAAGCAAUUAAACCAGAUGUGAUUCUUGAAAGAGUUGUGUCAGCAAUUGUGAAACAUCUAGGGUUGGAGGAUACAGUGAGGUUCUUCACCCCGUCAAAGGAAAGUCAGACUGAUGAGUUUGUUCUCUUGACUUCAGUAAUGGAGGAAAUUUGCAGACGGACAGAUGCUCUUGUACGACAGUUGCAGGCACUGGCAGAUUUAGAGCAGAGAUGGCAUAGAGAGGUGUUAGAUAGGAGAGAAGAUAAGGCAAUAGACACUCCACCUUUCUUCCAUGAUUUCCAUCUACAAGAGACAAAACUGAAGGAACUAUCCAUGCUGUGCUUUAUGAAGGAUGUCACCUUGGAUACACUGAAGCUAGAAGAAACAGCCAAAGAAUUAAAAGAAAAGUUUGAUAAUGAAAUCAUGUCCAAUGACUUUGAAAAGACUGAUUCACUUGACAGAACAAGACAUUUAGCAGAUGGCAUAUUGGCCCGGCUAGAUCUGUUACUGCAUGUGAACAUAUCACCUGCUGAUACUGGCAGUCUGACCAGAACUGUAUCUCAGUUUAUUGAAGCAAUUAAGACAGGCUCGAAUGUGAUGGUGCGAUCUGACACAGAUGUUUUACACUCGACUAUAAUGAGAAGUAUCUCAGCGCCAUCUGGUGUUGACUCCUUCCAGGAUGAUACAGCUCUUGAUUUUCUGAAAAUGCACAAGAGAAGACCCAAACACAAGCAGGGUCCAAUGUCCAUCUUACAAGACCUGAUAGAAGACCAUGAUGAAAAGGGUCAGUCCCCACACGUGGUACUGAUUGGACAGCUCUUCUCUUUCAUUGGAAGCAACCCUGAAAAGGCUAUUUCAUCUGAGGCAUUUUUGAAGACAGCACAACUCAGAUUUUGGAGAGGAAACACAAGGAAACAAGCCCUGAUUCACAUGAAGGAACUACUUUCGGCAGCCUCCAGGGUGGGUGGAGCUACACAUCUCGUUGCAGCAGUCACAUCAGUGCUGAGACAUGGCCCCAGGGUAGAAGAGUUGACAUGUGGAGGUAUGGUAAACCAAGUGCGGGAAGCAUUUGCAGAAACCAUGACAUCGGUUGUUCAGGUUGCGGCGAGAUAUCCCAUAGCUUGCUGUAAUAGCAUUGGUCUGCUGUGUAUUGUACCUUAUACUAGAGCUGAAGAAAAAUGUUUGGUAAGAUCUGGGCUGGUACACCUACUGGAUAAAUUAUGCAGUCUAGCGAGCUACAGAGCUGACAGUAGAGAGAGCCAGUCUACAAGACAGAAAGUAUCAGCCAUGGCUUGGGCAGGAUUUCAAGUUCUUGCUAACCGAUGUGUCAUGUGGGAAACUGAAGAAGGUUCACAGUAUGAGGAAUUAGAGCAUUCAGGUCUUGCUCGUCAAGUGUCUGUUCUACUCACCAACCAUCUAGCACGUGCUACAGAGUCUAGCGGAAAUGAGGCAGCGGGCACAGAGGCCCUGCAAGAGGUCCUUAGUUUGCUGAACAACCUGUCAAGAAGUCACAUGGGAAAGGCAAUUCUCAGCCAGCCAGCAUGUGUCUCCAAGCUGCUCUCACUACUGUUAGAUCAAAGACCAUCUCCGAAGCUAGUAUUGAUCAUUCUACAGCUGUGUCGAGUGGCGUUGCCACUAAUGGAUGCAGUAGACUGUGAACAGGUGGAGUUACCAAACUGGGGACACAGUCUAGUAUCUAGUCACUGGAGUACUACAAAACCUAUAUCCGACCCACCUGCCAAAAUUGUCUCCCUUCUUCUUGCCAGACUUGGUGACUUUUUGGUGCCUGGGGAUGUAGCAACUGUAGCAAGUAGGCAGCAGUCCAUUGAUUCUGACCUGAAUAAAGACAAAGACAGUGCCGAGGACGCUGUCAUACAGAAUGGUCGUCUGUCCGUCUUCGUACAUAAACGAGAAGACCAGUUCUCACAUGAAAUUAUACAGCCGUUACUCAGCUCAGAAAGCAGACCAUUUAAGUUGGGUGCUGGAGCAAAUGUGGAUAAAGUUGUUAGAUUGGACAGGGAAAUGACUAAGAGUAACAAAGCAGAAGUUGUAACAGAAGAUGCUCUGUCAGCACUGAGAAAGGCAGCAAAAUGGGCCCAGAUGGGGCUUGUAGUGUCUACGGGAGCCCCUGUUGAUUCUCCACCUGCUGAAGUUACCUCUGGAGACAAGAAGAAAACAGAGAAAGAAGUCAUAUGCCGGGAUAAAAAUGCCGAACUUGCAAGAACUGACCCAGUUCGACCUUUCAUCAGUGGUCAUGUGGCAAACAGCAUGGCAGCAGAAGUUAUAGAACUGUUGCACAGUCUACUGAACAGUGCAAACCAUCAUUCUGCAUCUGAAAAAUCCUGGGCAGAUGCUGUACAAAGAGUGUUAACCAAUGCACUGACUGGUUUACCAGUUUUGUUGAACUCUAUAGACAGUCUAAGUUCUCCUCGAUGCCACAGUCACCAGCUUAUGUCAAUGGCAAGACAAGUUAACGCCUCAUUGUGUGCUCUAGGGGGUUUCCAGGAGAUGAUUAAACCAGGCUGCCAAGUAGAGGCUGAUAACGAGACAUCCUACUUGGAAGUCUUUCAAGUGAGACUGGGUUACCGUAUGUUUUAG